AUGACGACCGUGAAGCGCCAGGCAGCCGCCGUGCUGAAAUACGAGAAGCUCUUUUUACCACCCGCACCUUUCCGCUCUCCAUCUCAGCCAGCCAAUAAUCGCCUCGUUACUCUGUCAUUGUACGAUAGCACGCGCUUUCCAGAUAAGCAUAGGACAUCCGUUGUGAAGGAGCAAGCCCGACAAUCCCUCAUCCCAAGGACCAUGCCGCGCAAGACGCUGCGCAUCCUCUGCUUCGGCGACUCCCUCACGCAGGGCUUCCACAGCUUCGGCAUGGGCGAAAGCCCAUACUCGACGCAGCUGGCGCAGCGCCUGCGGGAGAUACUGCCCGAAGGCACCAAGCUCGAGAUGCGCACGAGCGGCGUGCCGGGUGACGUGGCGGCCUUUCCGCGCUUUCGGGAGCGCUUCACCCAGCAGAUAACUUCGAGACCCUUUGACUGGGUCAUUACGCUAGGCGGCACAAAUGAUAUCGCAAUGGGCUGCCGCGUCGACGACACGUUCAAGUCGCUGCAAAGCAUCUGGCAGCUCGCCCUCUCGCGGCGCUGCCGCGUCCUCGCCCUCACCGUGCCCGAGACGCACGGCAACCUGCCGCACGUCGACGCGAAGCGCAAAGACCUCAACGCGCGCAUCCUCGGCUUCAAGGCCGAAAACUACCACACCUUUGACCUGCACGGAAAGAUUCCGUACAGGUCCCUCGACGACGGCCAGCGCGACGUCUACUGGGACGACGGCGUGCACCUCUCCGAGGAGGGCUACGAGUGGAUGGGCAACCAUAUUGCCGACGCGCUCGUCCCGUUUAUCGUGGGUGAUGCGGCAAAGUUGGAGGAGGAGGAGGAGCACCCAAAGCAUAUUAGUAAAGGAUACGUGGUGGUACGCAGGGACGAUUUGGAUUAA